AUGAAACAAGGAAGUGUGAAUGUCUUGAAGCGCCCACUAUCACUUCAUGAAAGGAGCAGAGAUGAAUCGAUAUGGAAACUCUGUGGAAACCUCUUGUGCAAUGAUGUUGAAAGGGUUCUGUUGCCAGAACUCAAGCUAUCAGAAGAGAAACUUCCACAAGUAUUGAAAUUCUUCAGUGAGCAAAAGCAAGGUAGCUUGGCCUUUGCCACGUUGGAAGCGAUCAGGAAAAAUUGCACAAUCCAGCUGAAAGCGUCGCAUUACACGCUUGGGAUUACCUCAUGUGCUAGAUCAAACAAAUCACAGCUAGCGCUGAGGUUGCUAGAGGUCAUGCCUCAGGCCAAAGUUCAACCAAAUAUUUACAGCUACAGUACUGCCAUCAGUGCUUGCGAGAAGAGUAGGCAGUGGCAGCAAGCGAUGACCCUGUUUGAGGAAAUGCCCAAUGCCACAGUCCAGCCCAAUGAUAUUAGCUAUAACGCGGCCAUCAGUGCCUGUGAGAAGGGCGGGCAAUGGCACCGAGCCUUCAACUUGCUUCAGGGGAUGUCAGAGGCAAAAGUGCAGCAGACUGUCAUAAGCUACAACGCAACCAUCAGUUCUUGUGAGAAAGCUGGACAAUGGCAGCAAGCAUUGAAGUUGUUUGAGGCCAUGCCCAGGGCAAACGUUCAGCCAGAUGUGAUCAGCUACAGUGCGGCCAUCAGUGCCUGUGAGAAGGCUGGCCAAUGGAAGCAAGCAAUGAAGCUUUUUGAGGCCAUGUCCCUAACAGAAGUGCAGCCAGAUGUAAUCAGCUACAAUGCGUCCAUCAGUGCCUGCGAGGAUGGUGCCCAAUGGCAGCAAGCAUUAGACCUGUUUGAGGCAAUGCCCAAGGCAAAAUUGCAGCGAGAUGUCAUUAGCUACGAUGCUGCCAUGAGUGCCUGUGAGGAGGGCGGGCAGUGGCAACUUUGCAUGUGGUUGCUGGAAGCCAUGUUGGAAGCGACCAUACAGCCAAGUCAUAUUUGCUACAGUGCGGCCAUCAGCACCUGCGAGAAGGCAAUGGCAGCAAGUAUAAAGCCUGUUGAGGCAGGCUAA